AUGAUCAAAGUGGUCGUUUCCAAAGCUGUCAUCAAGGGCUAUCACAUAUUUCAAAUUCGCCCUUCACCUCUAUUAGAUCUCCAAGUCACCAAGGAGUAUGGCAACAAGCAUGACAAAUAUGCCUGCUUGAUCUGGGUUCCAGAGUUGGAGUUAAUACCACACAAUAUGUGGAGCAUUGUGACAGAUGCCAAAAGGGGAGAAAGAGUAGAAACCAUCGCUGGCUUACCCAUUCGACGGGUCCCACAGGGGCUGUCAUCAUGCUUAUGGGAGCUUCUGAGUUUUCCUCACGUUGCUUCAAUUGACUGGUAACAAAGGACCAAGGGCGCGCUUGCAGGCGCGAUAUUUACCUCACCCAUCCAACUUGAAUUAAUUUCACAUGAUAUAGUAAUACAUCCCAUAUCCUCAGUGUAUCCUUAUUUGAUCAAACCCUAUUGGGCUAUUGCAUUUAAAAUCCGUAGCCCCCAGUUAAGGACUUACCUUUUCUUCUUACUCCUUAAGAUUGGCUAAAAUUGCAUUCACCCCUGAAGACUUCCAUAAAAUAUGGGUUUACCCCUGAAGAAUUGGGUCUUACCCCUGAAGAAUAUGGGUUUACCACUGGGGACUUUUGUGAAAAUUAAGGCUUCACCCCCAAAGAAUUCCAUAUUUUUUUACUCUACCCCUAAAGAAAUCUCAAUUUUUAUAACUUACCCCUGGAGAGUUCCAUGGUUCCUCAACCGGGGGCGGAUAUUAGAUGCAAUAGCCCAUUUUACAUGACUUGUCAUCUGAAAAUUAAUUAGAUCAAGGGGUCACAAUUCAUUCAACCUAAAAGCUAAAUGCCAGUUACCUGAGUGAAGGGUUAGCACUCCAUCGGUGAUUUGUGAAAAAUAAUAAUUUUUUUGCUGAUACAAAAACCAAAAUUUAAUGAGGUAGCCCUUUCUCUCUUGCAAGAUAUGAAAUACUGUAUUAAAUAACCCUCCUUUCAGAAAAAAAAUUCUUCUUCUUUAGUAAACAGGCGGGACACCCGUGUCAGAGCUUUUCACUGUGGCCAGUACCACAGUCACCUGGAGGAGGAGCUGUUAUUCCCUGCUCUUUUAUUAUCAAUGUGAAAGACGACCAGCAGCUAGUUGUGUUGGAAAGAGUUCAGUCUGCAGUCAAUAACAUGGCUGAAAGAUCGGUGUUAAAAAUAACGAUCAUUUAA